AAAUAUUGGGAUUCUUUUCAAUGGAUGUAACUUCCUUCUACCAUGAGAUUGCAGACCUGAACACGUUGCAAGAGAGUCUGGAAAAUGGUAAACAAAGACUUCAUUGACUUAGCGAGCGAGUGAGGGCCGCUCGCAGGCUGGUAUACCAGUGUUUCGGGAGCAGUUGCUGUUCUUUGACCCUCCGUCGGUGCAGAAGAGCUCGGACGAGGAAUGAAAGAAGGCGCGUCAGAUGUGUAUUCCACUAUCACUGACAGCCUCUGAUUAGUAAAUUGUUACUCCCACGUCCACGAAAUUGCAAAUCAUUUCUGAAAAGGAAAUGAAAGAAUUGGGUUUAUCAUUUAUUAACCUGCUGCUUCUGUUAUUAGCUAUUGUCUUGUUUUCCUCCGUCUUGACCGUCGACUGCAUUAAACUUGCUCUCGGUAAUAUUAUUCAUAUCGAAAGGACAGAAAUAUGGAGGAAAGUUUUCUUCGAAAUGUUUUGGGCUUCUACAGUGAAGAAGACUCCCUGUCCACGGGGAACCUGGAGAACUUGCUGCACCUCAUUACCAGCCGCCGCGCGGCAUCUGUCGAUGAUGACGCCAAUCCGCUGAAGAACACAGAGUGCUCAUCUUUGUCAGAGCUGUUGUCUGUCUUUGGAUUGGGUAAUGCUUCUGUGGUCAGUCUCAAUGAUCUGAAGAUGAUGUGUCCAGCUAUUCUCAAUCAGGUCCUGAUCCCUGCCUGUCCUUAUACCUUCCCCUCAAACCUUAAUGAAUCUGCUUCUUUACCUGAUCAUAAAGUUUGGGGUUAUGGGUUCCUGGCUGUGACUGUGAUAAACUUGGCAGCUCUGAUGGGUUUAUUUCUGGUGCCUUUGACGAAAAAAACAUAUUUUCCAAAAGUCUUGACGUACUUCAUUGGACUGGCCAUUGGGACACUGUUUUCAAAUGCUGUACUGCAACUUAUCCCAGAGGCCCUUGGCUUAGAUCCCAGAGAUGAUAACUAUGUGCUCGACGUAGUUGGUAUUUUUGGCGGAUUUUACAUUUUGUUCUUCACUGAACGAGUUUUAAAGAUAGUACUGAAAGCAGAUACAGAGAUCGGACACAGUCAUUUCACUCCUCUGCAGUCAUCUGAUGUCACCAUCUCCACCUUCAGCAAUGACAUAGUCAUAAGCAACAUCAGCGGUGACAUCAUUACAAACAACACUAAUCUUGAAAUGAACUCUAUUAAUGAAAAGUCCAACAAUCCAUGUGAGAGUCCAGCUGUUGAACAGAAUGCUUGCGCUUUACUAGCUUGUCGCUGGCUUAAAGGCGAUGGAAUGUCUAAUAUAAAGACUGUGGCGUGGAUGAUCACUGUCAGUGACGCCGUACAUAACUUCAUCGAUGGUCUGGCCAUCGGAGCGUCCUUCACAGUCUCUCUACUCACCGGCUUCAGCACCUCUAUUGCCAUCUUCUGUGAAGAGUUCCCUCAUGAACUGGGUGAUUUUGUGAUUCUGUUGAACUCGGGCAUGAGUGUUGGCCAGGCUCUGUGUUUUAACUUGCUGUCAUCGAUGAGCUGUUAUCUGGGUCUUGCAUUAGGGAUCCUGCUGGGCAGCAGUUUUGCUCCAAAUGCUAUCUUUGCCAUUGCUGGAGGAAUGUUCCUCUACAUCUCCCUUGCAGACAUGUUCCCAGAGAUGAACAGUAUCAUGGCAGCACAUACCAAAGGCUAUCGAGGAAGGGUCGUGUUCUUCCUGAUCCAAAAUGCUGGGCUGCUCACCGGAUUCACUAUAAUUCUGCUUAUUACCCUGUUUGCUGGUGAUAUCAAUCUGGGGUAGAAAGAAAAAAUCGAAUGAAAACGAAGCAAAACAAAGAACAAUUGUUUUGAUCGCCAGAAACCAAAAACUUGAGACAGACACUGUUGGUUGUUUUGUUUGUAUAUUAGACUUAUAUGCUGUUGGGAUAAAUAUAACACAAUCGUUUUUUGUAAUAUGGUUUAGAGAUGUUUUUGUCGAUGUGAGUGUUAGUGUCUGAUGUGAGCUGGCAACAAUAACCGCUGUGUGUGGAGGAAUUCCUCAGUGGCAGUGGUAGCCUAGCACAGGGAAUCUGAGCAGCUUUGUAGUCCAAAUGCCAAUGCUGCAGCACCUUUUGAGUGAGAUCAUGUUCAUCACAGUCUUUAACCAAAGGAUAUGUUUCAGUAUGGGAAAAAAAAGUGUUUAUCUGUGUAUUUAAACCUUGUUUCCAUCUACGAGUUACAAUAGAGGCUUUCAAACUAGGUUAUAAAAAUUAAAAGCCACAUAUUUUUUGAAAAAAGUAUUUACUUAUAAAAAUAUUUCUCUUAAAUUGUAAUGUGUCAAAAAAAAGUUUAGCUGUUAACACAAAGGGCAUAUUUUUCUAGAUAAUUUUUAAAUAUAUAUAUUUUUUAUAUAGUCAUAUAAUACUGGUUAUAUAAUAUGUGAGUACACACACAAAUAUGUGUAUGUAUAUAUGCUGUAUAAGUGUGUGUCUAUCAAAGGGUUUGGGAAUCAUUUAAACAUAGAACAUUAGUGUGCUGCAAGUAAAACUAAAUGAUACAGAUCACAUUAUCAAUAAUUAAUUCACCACUCGCGACUUAAGACCAAAUGUGAUGGGGCUUUUUCUGUUUAUGUCCCCGCAUUGUGGAAUGACUUUCCAUUAUAUAUGAGAUAUUUCUAUUUUUAAUCUAAUCAGAGACCCAUUCUCAUUUGGCUUUUGGUAUUAUUUGAGAGAUAAAGUCAAAUUGUAUAUUACUAUUAUAUUUUCUUAAUAUUGUACAGUAUGUAUGUAUGUAUAUCAACAGUUUACAUCAAUCAGUUAUGACAACUUUGAAAGAAAUUGUUCAACCAAUUAAUUAUAUUGAGUUAGAGGAACUUAGUUAAGGAACUUAGAGUUAAUUGCUUUAAAUAAAUCCAUCUAAAGCCCUGGAACUAAUUAAUCUCAUCUAUUUCAGUUGUAAUCCACAACUAUCAUAGCACACUUAUUUAGCAUGUAUGUUCAAUGAAGAAAUAAGUUAACUUUGCAGCUGUCGUUGUUAUAUCGUUGCUUAUUGAAAGCAGUGUUUAAAUUAUCUUCAUGAAGUAUCCUCAGCACAAUGGUAA